UAUUUUAAAUUCGUUUUAAAAUGACUAUUUUCAAGUUGAAAAAUUUUCCGAACGUGUGCAGACUAUGCCUGCAACCAAAAUCAUCAGCCGAAAUAAUUUCACUAGAUAGCUACCGACCCGCAUUCGGUAGCUCGAUCUCCGAGAUGCUUGAGGAAGUCAGCCUGAAGGUUCCCUUCGAAUUGGCUUGCUACCUCCCGGUGGAAGCGUGCGAAAGUUGUUUGGACGUGUUUGAGUUAUUCUACAAGUACAAACGGAAGUUGGAUCUGAUUCAACGUUUUUCAUGUUGUCUGGCCGAUGUCAAGUGCGGCAAUCAACGGCCUUUGGUGGAACUCUUCGACGGAGAAAAACAGCAGCUUCAGGUCCUUUUCAAGGAUUUGGAUCUAUGCGAUAGGGAGGACGCUGGCGUGGAGGAAAUGCUGAAGGAGUUCAAUGAGUAUGACCUUGCGUCGACGAUAUGCAUCAAGGUUGAAACUGUUGACGACGAAGAGGUUUGUGGAGAGGUGAUGGCACUUUCCGAGGACGGAGUCGAAGAGAAGCUGGAUGUGCCUAGUUUUUUGAGCGAGUUUCAGAAGGCAUUGGAAGAACGGCAUGAUGAGAGUGAAGUUCAUGGCGAGGUGGUGUCAGAAGCGGAAGUGCCUGAUGCGGGUGCAGGUCAGAGUACUACCGGGCUUGAUGAAGAUUUAAAGUCUGAAUACACGAUGAUUGAAGAUGAUGAAGAAUACGAAAUUGAUAUGGAAGAUGAUGUGGAUUACUCGGCAGACGAGAAACCGCCUCCACAGAAGCGGCGUUACGUUCGGUUACCGGAAGAGGAAGUGGAUGAGCAGCAGUGCGGUUUGAAAUGUACUUUCAAAACAACAUUCCCUUCUCAGUUCGAGAAGCACCUGGCCAGGGUGCACGGUGAUGAAGUAGAAAUAUUGUCAUGCCAUCGGGUUAGCUGUGCUGGAGAUCUGUUCGAUUCGCUUGAGCUGUUGAGGCAGCAUAAAAAUGAUGCCCACAGUACGCAUAUUUGUAUGGUUUGCGGUAAGGUGACGAAGCAUUUGAUUGCUUUGGAGAACCACACGAGGAGUCACGAGCGUGAACGGGAUCCGACGGUACGGUGUUCAAUGUGCGAUGAAAUGUUCAGAAGUGAGGUGGAAAUGCAGCGACACGUUACGAAGGCACACAUGAGUCGAUUACUGUUCGAGUGUCACGAAUGUGGACUGGGUUUCAAACACAAACUGCUGUUGACGCAGCAUCUGCUGACACAUUCCGUGGAACGGAACUAUACUUGCAAUCAGUGCGAGAUGGCAUUCAAAACAUCGAAUCAUCUGCGGAGGCACAUCCGUACGGUGCAUACCGAGAUUCGCUACACUUGCGAGCAUUGUCCGAUGACCUACGGGCGGCGGGAUAAACUGCGGAUGCACAUGGAACGCGCUCACGACAUCCAAACGUACUUCGUGUGUGAAAUUUGCUGUACCUCGUUCGAGUCGGACGGAAAGCUCCAGGAGCACAAUCUUCGCCACGAAAACGCCCAGGAUCUGGAGUGUGGCAUCUGUUUGACCAGCUGUGCAACCCCGGAGGACUUCAACGAGCAUAUGUGCAUCACGUAUCAGGAGGAUUACGUUUGCUGCAACCGUGACUUCCGUUAUCAUUCCUUCUACAACCGGCACAUGUUCCUGGCUCACGGUUUGAAUACAAAUGCACGGGUGAAACCGAAAGCCGGGGUACUGAUGGGAAAGCAGCGCGCUUUGAGGAAACCCGUGGAACGUUGCCCCAAAUGCGAGUACGUUUUCGCAACGCGAAAGCUGAAAAAGCAACAUAUGGAAACCUGCGAGGGGCAGGUGGUGAUUUUCGAAAUUGAACCAGUAGCGGAUGAGGCUGGUUGAGAGGAUUUCUUUUUU